CGCGCCGGUGCUCGUGCUCUUUGGACACCCCUCCAUUCCGGCUUAAUACCUCGUGCCUGUCUAGUCUAGUCGACGUCCCCGCGCUACCAGUGGUGCCCCCUCGAAGACCCGAUUAGACCGCGCGCCGUCGCCCGCGAGGAUCGGGACCGCAAGCAUGGACAGGGAAUUCUACGUAUCUGUCGAGCUCUACGUCUCUGCGAAAGCAGCCGCGGCGCUGAAGAAGCCGCCCACUAAGAAGUCCUCAGACAAACGCGACCACAACCCCCGCGCCGCGUCCACUAGUGGUGAUGCCGCGCAGAAGAAGAUCAAAGAGAAGACAAGCUGGCUUGGGAUCGGGCGCAGCUCUGCGGGUGCAGGCCAGUGGAGAUCGGCGCGUUGCAAGCUCGUGGAGGAGGAAGAGGGCUGCUUGCUGAACCUAUAUGUGGACGACACUAUCUUAUACCGAUCUAUCUAUAUGUACCUGCUGAACCAUACAGAUAUCCGCCCCGUCCAUCGGUCGCUGUUCGAGAGGCGGAACUGCCUCGGCAUUUUCCCUGUCGCCGGCCAGAUGCGCGGCGCGGCGUCGAAUGCGGAGCCGCUGUAUAUCCAGUUCGAGGACGAGGAGACGUCAAAUACCUGGCUCGCGCUGCUGCGCUCAUACGCCAUGCCGGAGGUGUACGGCCGCUGGCUUUCGCCCGAGGACGGCGGCCUCUACCGCAUGUGGAGGCAGGUCGACCUGAUGUGUAUCCAGGGGCGGAACCUCGGUGUGACGCGUGUGCUCUCGGACGAGCCCUCGGUUGCAGACCUCGACGGCAAGCCGGACGUGGACGCGAUCGACAUGGACGUGUAUUGCGAGAUAUUUGUGAACGGCACGCUUUGCGGGCGCACGACGGUGAAGAAGGGCAUCGGCUCCCCAGACUGGCACGAGCGGUUCGUCCUACCUGACUUGCCGCCAUUCGAGAAUCUGGAGAUUGUGGUCUGGCGGGAGAAGCGGCUUGCGAAACCCACUAUAAUCGGUACCGUCGUCAUCGUGCUGGUCAACUUCCGGCGCGGGGAGACGGUGGAGGGGUGGUUCCCUGUACUGCAUGGGGGACAGGCGUCCAGCACGCAGGCUGGGGAGAUGAGGCUCAAGGUCCGGGUGGAUGAGGAAAUCAUCCUACCACACCAUGUGUAUGGCAAACUGCUGAAGACGCUGCACUCUCGAAAUCAUCUUGAUUGGAUGCGCGAGCUUGAGACGCGGCUCAAGAUGAAGAACGUGAACAACAACAUCAUGUCGAUCGCGAUAGCCAAGAACGUGCUGCUCGAGAAUAUCAUGGAGCUCGCAGACCGCGAGGUCGACGGCACAUUGUCGUCGCACAAUACUCUAUUCCGGGGCAACACGGUGUUCACCAAGACAGUGGAGCUAUACAUGUCCUGGUACGGCAUGCCCUUCCUGGAGGCCAGUGUAGGAGCGACGAUCCGGCGGCUCUGUGCCGAGAAGGUCGCGAUCGAAGUCGACCCGGUCCGCAUCGGCAAGGGCCCGAAGGCAAUAGAGAAGAACGUGGAGCUGCUCGUCGCGUGGUGUCGGGAGUUUUGGGACCACAUCUACGAGGCGCGGACGCAGUGCCCUCCGGAGCUCCGGCGCAUGUUUGAGCACAUACGGCGGCUCGUGGAGAGCCGGUAUCGGAUACGAGAUGACAAGAACCACGACCUACCAUGGCAAAGCGUGUCUGCGUUCUGCUUCCUGCGCUUCAUUGUCCCAGCGAUACUGCACCCACAUCUCUUCGGUCUCCUGCCCGGUCUACCGGAUGUUCCGGUCCAGCGUAGCCUAACGCUGAUUGCGAAGGUGGUCCAAAGUCUAGCGAAUCUUAAUCCGACUGUGCAGAAAGAGGACUACAUGCGCGGCGUCAAGGACUUCCUGAACGACAGCCUGCACGCCAUGAUUGACUACAUCCUCGUCGUCUCCACCCCGGAGACCGGUAACAAGGGUCCGAGCACGCCGCUCUCGUCCGACAAACAUGAGCGCCUGCGCAUCAUGAACGCCCUCCGGCAGCGCAGCGCGACCGCCCCCGUCCUCCACCGCGAGGCGAUCCCGCUUCUGCCAUACAUGCUCGAUAUCCCGCGGCACCUCGCCGUCGUCACCUCCGUCGUCGUGCGCUAUUCGCGGACGCAGAACUUCCAGGCCGCGAAGUCGAGCGCCAGCAGCAAUAGCAACGGGGGCAGUACGGACGACCGGUUCUUCGCCGAGUUCUGUUCGCGCUGUAUGGAGGUCGAAGAGCAGGCACUCUUCCGCGUUAGUAAGCUCGCGGCGAGGCCACGUCGGCAAUACUCGGAGCCCGCCAUCUUCCCCCUCCCCCGCGUGCCCAGCAUGCCCACGAAUAUCCCCCUCCCGCCCUCGCCGUCGUCACCGUUGAAGUCUCCUCUACGCGGGCGCAAGAUCUCGUCGGCCAGCCCUCGUCUCAAGUCACGCAAGUCGGGCCGACCGUCUACAGCACCGUCCAACAGUGAGGAUUCCCAGGACAGCCCGACUAGAGCGUCCCUUCAGGGACCUCCCACGCCUUCCUAUCCCGAACCACGCAGACUCUUCGAGCCCCCACUCCCUUCGCCCCUUCCAUCGCCACUCAGGGAGGCGGCCGAAGAGCAUUCGCGAUCUGUGCGAACGCACCACCCUCGCUCGACCUCAACAGACUCCCCUCUUGCCCGGAAGCGCGUCCAAGACCCGCUCAUGUCGCCCACCUCCGAGAGCUCCGUCGAGCUCGCGGACGACCCCGGCAAGCGGCGCAGAAACAUCUUCCGCUCUAUCUUGACGAGGCGCUAG